GGGUUCGCUAUGUGGAGGAGGGAGCCAGCAGUACUAAAAAUCAUCGCAGGAAUCAUAGCAGGAAUGACUCGAGUGAACGUCGGUCAACCUUAUAUCAAAACUGCUAAAGCUAAAUAGUGUCAUCGCCUUUCUUUUUCUGAAAGAGACCAACUCAGGCGUGAAAAGAGGCAUGCGGUGACUUAGUCUGAAGCAAGAAGGCACAGCUGAUCCAGCGGCGGCAGCAGAUUGCUUGGAUGAAGGAUGAAGAGCCCAGUACACAGAUGUAGGGAUGUGGAGCACGGGCGUGGGCAGGCCAGUGCUGGUUACCUGCAAGGUGAGCAGCGCAUCCCCAUCUCCAAAGACAUCAUCACAUCCUCCUCUGCCUCUGCCAUGUGGUUCAUCAGGGAUGCCUGUGGCAUCAUAUGUGCAGUGAUCACCUGGCUGCUGGUGUUGUAUGCUGAGUUUGUGGUGCUAUUUGUGAUGCUCCUGCCCUCCAAGAACCUGACAUACAGUAUUGUAAAUGGGACACUGUUCAAUAGCCUGGCCUUCCUCGCCCUUGCCUCACACUUCAGGGCCAUGUGCACCGACCCUGGGGCUGUGCCAAAGGGGAAUGCUACCAAGGAGUACAUAGAGAGUCUUCAGCUUAAACCAGGCCAGGUGGUCUACAAAUGUCCCAAAUGCUGCAGCAUCAAGCCUGACCGAGCACACCAUUGCAGCGUUUGCAAACGUUGCAUACGAAAAAUGGAUCACCACUGCCCUUGGGUCAACAACUGUGUCGGGGAGAACAACCAGAAGUAUUUUGUGCUUUUCACGAUGUACAUUGCACUUAUUUCUCUCCACGCUUUGGUCAUGGUGGUCUUCCAUUUCCUCUACUGUUUUGAAGAUGAUUGGACAAAGUGCAGUUCCUUCUCUCCCCCUGCAACAGUCAUCCUCCUCAUCCUCCUGUGCUUUGAGGGUCUCCUCUUCCUCAUCUUCACCUUUGUGAUGUUCGGCACACAGGUCCAUUCCAUCUGUACUGACGAGACUGGCAUAGAACAGUUGAAAAAGGAAGAGAGAAGAUGGGCUAAAAAAACAAAGUGGAUGAACAUGAGGGCUGUAUUUGGACACCCCUUCUCCAUAUUGUGGUUUAGCCCUUUCUCCACCCCUAACCAUGGGAAGGCUGAGACUUACCAGUAUGUGGUGUGAGAGCUCAGCACAGGGAACCAGCGAGCCACAUCAAAGCUAAACCGAGACGGGGGUCAGAAGUUUCCCCCACAUGCCCCCAGCCCAGCUGACCUCAGCUAUGAUCAGUCUCUUGUUCCCAGUGCUGAAAACGAUUGUACCCUUUCUCCAACCCUAUCUAUGGACAGCUCCCCAUUUGCUUUCUGUUUUGCCAUGAAAGUGCACUCUAUUUAUUUCACUUUUGCUUUGUUUUAUCAAGCUGAGUUGCAGAGAAAAAGAAAUCCUUUUAGCUUGUGAAUCAUGUUUGUAAGCAUUGUGUGAUUUUUGAUAUGUUGGUGUUUCUUUUCUGGGCCCCUUUUUUCCUGAUACCAUUAGGCCUUUUCCUUUUCUCCCCAGUGUUUACAUUGACUUUUCCUGAUGUCUUCCUUGUGUCAGACUCUAUCUUGUCUCCAUAAUGUUCCAGACAUGGACAAACUAUACAUUUUCAGUUUUGUCAGACAUUCAGUAUGCAGACACUUUUGGCAUUAAGAUCUUUUCACGCCAAGUGUGACACGUUUUUGAGAGACAAAUAGUUGAAAAUAAUACAUUGGAUUAAUUUUAACCCACUAAAUCUUGUAUACUGUUUCGUUGACUCGGGAGAGUUGUUGCAUCUAAAAGAAACAGAAAUCCUACCUGGUUUAUUUUAAAAGAUCAGGAAUCAGGAACAUUUAUUUGUCAUUUCAUUUCAUGCACUUGUACAUGAAAUGAAACAAAAUAUAAUUUCCCCCAGCCCACAGCAAUGUAACACAGACAAAAACACAUCCAGACUACAAGAACACAUAUAUCCAAAAUAGAAAAAAAACUACAAAAACACAUAUCCAACAUAUCCACAAAAAAAAAAAAUCACUGUCCAAGAGAACGUACGCCAACCAGGAUGACUGUCUGAACUGCCGGUCUGCAUGGGCUAGCAGUUAGCUUAGCCUGCCCCGCUUCCGCGUCCUGUCAGACCACCCUCAGUGCUUCCUCUUCGGGUGCAGCUCUGGGCAGGGCUGUGGUCCUUGGGCCCACUGGACACAGUGGACCAAGCCCCCCCAUAGCCGAUCCAACGCCAGCUCUCCCAGCCAGACACCUUCAACACACUUUCCCGCACUCCACACAACGACACCAAAAACACAGUCAACGCCAGGCAAGGUGCCAGGCGAAAUAUGAUGGCUUAUGUUUACGCAACAGUUUCACAGUCAGUCUGCAGCAUGGAUACAGGCAUUCUGUGUUUUUCUUUGUGUGAAAAUAUCUUGUGAAAAAGUCAGGCGUGAUGCGAACAGGACUUUACUUGACAGGCUCAUAACUACCACAUACAAUGCCAAAAAAGCAAAUAUUUCAAAGUAUAUUUUGGCACCUGUGUUUUGUUCAGGUCUGGAACAUUCUCUGAUUCCUCUCUGAUACAUGCUCAACAUAAAUUAAGCCAUUGUCUGAGGGACCAGGUUAUUCUCCAAAAUAAAAAGCCAGGGUGUUAUGUUCCUCUGUUUCACAUGGUGCAAUCAAUCCAUUAUCUGCCAGCAUGUUGUGGUCACAGCAAGUCUUAACCAGGACAUUCUUGCAAAGUGUUAGUUGAAUAGGUUCUUUUAAAUGCAAUCAAGAUUGCCAUCAAGCUCAAUUUGUCUUUCAUGUAGAGCAAGAAAACAUGGUUGUAGAUUUGAUUGCGAUCAGUGAAGAUCUCACCAUGCAUAAGACAGUUGCUAUCUGUGUGUUUUGCAUGAAGUCAAGUCAUUUUUUUAUUAACUUGACUUCAUAUGAACACUUCAUGCUGAAACAGCUGUAGUGGUUCUAUGCUUAUUAUUAUAGCCAUGAUGGUAUGUGGUGUUUUGAUAUCGUCAACUUGUGCCAAAGUUCCCUCAGUGAGUCUCUCAGUUACAAAUUUGCUUCAGAAAGGUCUGGUAUGGGAUUUUUCAAAAAGUACUUCUGUAUGAAAAUCUUUUAGGAAUUUCAUUAAAUUCUGCAUUCUGUCAAGGAAGCAGCUUAUGUAAAUGCACAGAGAAAAGUAUGAAUUUGGCUGCCAUACAAGUGAUUACACAUUUGCAAGAUAGUAGCUGGAUUUUGUCUGUACUGUAACAAAACACAUGAAGCACUAAACAAACUAUGAAAACAAAGUCCGCUGUCACUGUUCACAUUUAAAAACAUAAUACAUGACUAAUUUGCACUUUUUCUCGAUCAUUUAUGUUUUCUUAUUCUAUUUUUCAUUAUGUGUAUGUAUUUUGUUAUCAGAAUGCAUGGUGCAAAUGGCUAGCUUAGUAUCGUAGGUGAAACAGUGCUGGUAUGCUAGCGCCGGAUCUUGUUGGUGAGUGAUGUUGAAGAUUUUUUUUAACUGAAAUUUUAAAACUUUCUAAACAUUCUGAAAGUGUUUCAGCACAUGCGCAGAGAAUAAACACUUCUGUUGCAAUGCAGCUUCC